AUGUCGGGUCUUACAAGUUGGCUCUGGGGGACGUCGCAGGUAGACGAGGCUGUUGACAAGGCGACCUCAGAGUUGCUCCCUACGGGCUCGGAAGACAUUGCUCUCAAUCUCGAAAUAUGCGAUCAAAUAAGGUCAAAGUCCGUACAGCCUAAGGAUGCCAUGAAGGCUCUCAAGAGGCGUCUGAAUCAUAAGAAUCCGAAUGUACAGCUCUUGGCUCUCGGGUUGACGGACGUGUGUAUCAAGAAUGGGGGUGAUCACUUUCUCGUGGAGAUAGCCUCCAGAGAGUUCAUGGACAACCUCGUGUCGAUCCUGAAGAUGCCUGCACUGAACCACGAGGUCAAGAAUAUGAUCCUCCGCUUAAUACAGAACUGGUCGAUUGCAUUCGAGGGUAGGCCCGCUCUCAGCUACGUCGGACAGGUAUACAAGGAUCUACAACGUGAAGGAUUCAACUUCCCGCCCAAGGACCCGGCAGUAACCACCUCAGCGAUCAUCGAUACGCAGACCGCGCCCGAAUGGAUUGAUUCAGACGUCUGUCUUCGAUGUCGGACGCCUUUCUCAUUCACUAAUCGUAAACACCAUUGCCGCAACUGUGGUCAAGUCUUUGACCAAGCAUGUUCCUCGAAGACGAUGCCUCUUCCUCACUUCGGGAUAACACAGGAGGUGAGGGUUUGCGAUGGAUGCUACAACAAGUUGCAGAAGAACCGAGAUAGGCCAGCGGACAGCAAAACCCAUCGCCAUUCCUCGUCUCGCCACAGGAGCACUCGGGAGUUCGAGGACGCGGAGUUACAGCGUGCAAUCCAACUCUCGUUGCAGGAAGUCGGAGCUGCGGGUGGACACCGACCGGGAUAUGUGCCUUCACAACCUUCUGGGCCGGCAUGGCAGCCAUCUUCGCCUCCUUUGGUGGAAAGGCCCGGAACCUCGGCAUCCAAGGUCGCAGACGAGGAUGAUGAUCUUGAUCUCAAGGCUGCUAUCGAAGCGAGCCUGCGAGAAGCUCAAGCCCCCAAACCGAGCGCGCCGGUAGUAGUUUCGGAGCCUCUCACUCCUUCAUACGAAUACACCACCUCCUGUGCUUCUACUUCUACGUCACGACCCGCCUACGAACCUCUGCCAAAUUACGACCUUGAGCCUUUGGAAUCUGAUGCAAUACUUACUUUCAACCAAACUAUGGAGCAGGUACAAACUCAUGGGGGCGGUCGUGAUAUAUCUCGAUUCCCGGCUGUGAACGGACUCUACGAGAAGGCUAGCGGGUUAAGGCCGAAACUGGUUCAGAGCCUCGAUGACACAGUCAAACGAGAACAAAUGCUAACGGAGAUGCACGAGAAAUUGUCGGAGGCCGUCAAGUUAUACGACCAGGUCCUCACUCAGCAAGUCUCUCAUCCACCAUGGCGAGCAUCGCCGGCCGCGGUACCCACCCAGGCAACGCCUGUAUCUGUACCUUACGUUCAGGCAACUCCCACGGGUCCCACGGAAUCUUAUGGUCAAUGGCGGGCCUCCCAACAGGCCCAGCCGAUGUCCCCGGUAUAUCAGCAGGCACCCCAAUUGACAUACACCCCAGCAGUACCAGCUGGAUACGAAGCUCCUAGCAAGUCGUACGCGCCUCCCGCUGCUUGGGGACAGUCCACGCCAGCAUCUGCUAUGUGUCCGCCCCCCAUUUCUGCUCCGCAACUUGCUCAGGCUCCGCCCGAAGCAAGCGGCCAGCAGCAGUGGCAGCAGUACGAUCCACGAGUGCAGCAACCACCGGCUCAGCAUCAACAAUACGCCCCUCCAGAGCCGAAUGGCAUGCCUGCCUAUGGUCAGAAUAUUCCUUCCUCCUCUGAACCAUCUGCUCCAUCGUUCGACCUCACACCGAAGCCUUCUCCCAUGGCCCUCCCUCAGUCACCACCUCCGCAGGCCCAAUCACCCUUCACUGUCAGAUCGCCGCCGCCUCCGUCUUCUGUCUACUCUCAAUCACCACCUGCACCGUCACUAUCACGGCAUAAUACUUUUGCUGCCUCCACUGUACCACCACUUCCUCCGACCAUGAACUCAUCAGUUUCACGACACCAUACGGUACACUCGCAAUCGUUUGCUCCACAGAUGCCUCAGCAGCAGUAUCAACAGCACCAGCACCAUGCAUCCCUCCCGAGCUUCCCUGUCGCUCCGACUGCACCGCCCGCUAUGCCGUCGUACGGCCCUCCAAUUCCGGCUGGCUUAGAGCAGGAGGAGAGGAAGGAGGCACUGUUGAUUGAUUUAUGAGUCUGAGGAUUUACCUUCUUUUGUCCGCACCUGUGUCUUGCAUGUACGUAGUCUUAUUAUGCGACAAUCAUCGUUUUACAUGCGUU